AUGGCGGCGCUCCGCUGUCCUCUGCGCUCCCGCGUGAUCCCCGCGUAUUUGAAAUCGCCUUCGGCGGGGCAAUCGUCGCUUCCGCUCACCAACCCUCGCGCGCUGACUACCCGCUCCCUUUCCGCCACUCACUCUCUGCGCGGCGCCUUUCCCGCGUCCCGCAUUCCUCACGUUCCUCACUCCCCCUUGACAGCUACCAACGGUUCCCGCAAUCCGCGCAUUUCCCGCAUCUCCCCCGUUUCCCCCUCGUGCCGCGAUUCCGCGCGAUCUCCUCCAUCCGCAUCGAUCCUGCGGGAAUCGGCUUCCGCUUCCGCUGCCGCUCCCGCUUCGUUGCUCAACCUGGCGGAAGUGUCCGCGCAGCUUCCGGGGGAUCUCUCGGGGUACAUGGAGCGAGUCCGCGAGUGCAACGCGGGGCUGGAGCGUCGGUUGGAGUUCAUUCCCUUCAUUGUCAACGGGGAGGUUGUGGGGUAUAUCCACCACAGCUUCUGGCAGCACUUGGAGCCGUUUAAAGACGUCUUUUCCCUGCACCACCACGCACCCAGCACUGCACAAGGUGCUGCUGGUGGGAAGGUGAUGUCAUUCUCAGGCAGGUUGGAGGCAGCGGGUGCAGCUGAGCGCACAGAGGCGGUGGCAGGGGUGCUGCAGCGGCUGCGCGAGCAAGGCGUGGUGACUGGCUGGCGCAAUGAGCUGUACCCAGUGGGUGCCUCCUUCCACGCGCCACCAGCGUUCCUCAUUGAGCGAGCAGCAGCGCCUCUCUUCGGCACCAAGGCAUACGGUGUGCACAUGAACGGCUUCACACACUUGCCCUCUGCCUCCUCGACUGCAUCCUCCUCCUCCUCCUCCUCCUCCUCCUCUCUGCACCUGUGGGUUGCGCGGCGGUCUCCAUUAAAGCCCACGUUCCCCAACCAGCUGGAUCAUUUGGUGGCAGGCGGGCAGCCCCACGGCAUCAGCUGCAGGGACAACAUGAUCAAGGAAUGUGAGGAGGAGGCAGAUAUUCCAAGGCACCUUGCGGAGAGGGCAGUGCCGGUGGGGGUGGUGAGCUAUGAGAUAGUGACAGCAGCCAACACGCUCAAGAGGGAUGUGCUCUUCUGCUACGACCUCCUGCUGCCACCCGACUUCACCCCCCGAAACACAGAUGGGGAAGUGGCGGAGUUUUCCCUGUUGCCAAUUAAAGCUGUGGCUAAUAUCGUGGCCAACACUAAGGAGUACAAGGCAAACUGCAACCUCGUUAUUAUCGACUUCCUUAUAAGACAUGG